AUGCUCCUUGCCAGUCCUUUUCCAGCAAUAUCUCUCAAGAAGAAGAUGGCCCGCCUUUCCGCUGCACCCCCCCUCCUCCUCCUGUUCGUACUGGCUGUCUUCUUCCCCCCCUCCACAGCAACCAGUGUCUGCGGACUGGGUUCCGCUGUCGAUUUUCCAACCCAGUGUUACUUCAAUAACGACCCCCAGGGGCGUUACGUCUGCUGUGACGUCAUGGGAUGCGACGGGUUUGAGGGCGACCAGCUGACCCCCCACUGCAAAAACUUUGGGUUCGUCCCGCCCAAUUUUGGAGUCGAAGAAACCCCCUGCGGCGACAGGUGUGACGUUUAUAGCCAACUGCCAAACAGGUGCUGCAACGCCGAAGGCACUCUCGGAAUCUGCUGCCCCGGAAAUUGCGGCGCGUCUGUUCCCCGUUCCGACGGUCUCCCCGGUACUCUCGCCACCUGCGGGAACCCCCCCCCGGUCACACCUUCCCCCCCCGCCCCCACUCCCCCGGUACGUACCUGCGACUGCCCCGGGGCGGUCGGUAGCGUCUCCCCCGAGGAGUACUGCGACCUGAUUGACUUCGACAAACCGACGAACGCGUUCAACGAGUGCCCAUUCAAAAAGGACGGCUUUCAGUUGGACGCGUGUUUCGUGAGCCCUCAACCGCCGCUAUAUCAGCAGGGGAGCCUGUACUGCUGUAUCGACCAGCCGCCGUAUGAUCAGCUGUGCGGGGACGAGGAGAGUACGUGCUGCUUGGAUCACACGAAAGGAGGCGUGUACUGCGUCCCGACCCUGAAGGAGAUCCUAGACGUCUGCGCUCAGAAGAAGACUCCCUCGCCGACUCCUCCCCCGACCACUCCUUCCCCAACAACCGCCCCCCCAACAACCCCUGCCCCGACUUACCCCCCCUCAACAACUCCUGCCCCGACUACCCCCCCCUCAACAACUCCUGCCCCGACCACUCUUCCCCCGACCUGUAACUGUCCGGGGGCAGUCGGAACCAUCCCCCCCGAGGAGUACUGCCGUCUGAUCGACUUCAACCGCCCGGUUGGUCCUACCGACUGCCCGUAUAAGAAGGAUGGGUUCCAACUGGAUACGUGUUUCGUGACCCCCCAGCCGCCGCAAUUCCAAAUGGGGGACAUGUACUGCUGCAUCGAUCAGCCGCCGUAUGACCAGCUGUGCGGGGACGGGCAGAGCACGUGCUGCUUGGACCACGAGCGGGGGGGUGAGAAGCACUAA